AUGUUCAAAUCCUUCCCCAAGCUCCCCUCCCUCCCGCAGGCCAUCGGUCUCCCCUUCCUCUCCACCCAGGAGGACGCACAGCUCAAGUUCAAGUCCAGCCCGAACGGUAUCAAGCGUCUCUAUGGCGAGAUCCCUAUCCCGCUUUCCGACGUGACGUAUUGGUCACAGUACUAUACGCUGUUCAAUAGCUCGGCGGACGUGUACUCUUUGAUAUCUGUACAGGAUGUUCGCCAAGCCCUUACUGCCAACCCGCACAACCUCGCCAACCUGCUCCUCACCCUCUCUCAUCACCUAUUCACCCUCAUCCCCGACCCUUCCUUCCCCCGUCCCACGCAAGGCUACCAAGCGACGCAACAAGAUCUCGCCAAAGAAGCGCUGAACUGUCUGAGAGUGCUGGGCCGGAUCUUGGUGGUGGUGUACGAGGCGGAGGCGGAUGGGCGUGAUAUCAGAGGGAGAGGGGUGGACUUGGGAGAGACGUUUGCGGAGAAGUGGCUGUAUAGCCGGCAGAAGAUGGAAAAGACGCAGGAGGAGACGGGUGAGGAACAAGCAGAGCAGUUCAAGCUUGAAGACUCGGAUGAUGAGGGAGAGGACGAAGCGGACGUUGGGGAUGUGGAUGAAGGUGUACGGGCUUUCCAGGCCACUGUUGGGAACCCGCCCAAGGUUGAGGAAGAGCCGGGAGCGAAAGAGGAGGCGAUUGACGAUCCUUUGACCAAGGCUGCAGAGCAGGAAGAGGUUGAGGAAGAUGUCGAGUACUUGCCUUCUCUUAUAGACAGGCUGUUUAGCUGUGUUAUCGACCUUCUCUUUUGUGCUGGGUUCACUCUGCCCCCCAGCGUUGUGGGAGACGACCACACUGACAAGAUCAACUAUGUGAUCUGGGAGAAGGGUGUAGGAAGCACAAGCGAGAUUGGGAGUACCGCAGAGCUCGACAGAAACAAAACCGAAGUCCUUCACUUCCUCCUCGUCCUUCUCUCGACAACCAUCUACACCUCACCCAACUCACUCUCCACCACCCCCAACAUUCCCCUCCAAACCCUGACCCACUCUCUCGAACGCCGACUCGUCCUCUCCUUGCUCUGUUCAUUCCUCAACACAUCCCUCACACCGUCAAAAUCAAAUGCGUUGGGUCUUGGGGUGCCGAAUUAUCUGAUGGGCAAUGCGGCAGAGGAAAGGAGGACGUUGGUGAGGGCUAGUUUGUCGGUGUUGCUGGUAGCACUGGAUUACAAGGUGGAAGGGGAGAGGAAUGCGAUGGGAGAGGCAAAGGAGGAAAAUGCUUUCAAGUAUUUUGUGUCCAAGCUCCAUCGCAAAGAAGACUUUGCAUUCAUCCUCGAAGGCAUCCUCCGCACUCUUUCAGAACACAACGCCAUCACCACCACCUACCUCCCUAACGCCAAGCAGCCCGUACCCUACAUUCUCGAAACAUACAUGCUCCUCUGGCGCCUUAUCGACCUCAACAAACGUUUCCGACAGCACCUGCUCGACUCUGGCAAAUCUCUCCAUAUCGUGUGCUUUAUCCUCCUCGCGUGUUUGGAACACAAAGACGACCCAGCACAUCAAGGUCUGCUCAGACUAUUGAGCUACCUCCUUCAAACGCUUUCGUCCGAACCGGCGUUUGCCAAAUCCCUCAACCAGACUAUCCCUCCCUCCAUCCCCAUCCCAAGUAAAUGGUCCGUUCACGGCACCGCCGCAGACUUUCUCAUCCUCUCCAUAUACUCUAUCGCCACGACGCCGGGAUUGAAUCAGCUGUUCCCAGCGUUGACAAUUAGCGUGGCGAAUGUGGCGCCGUACGUAGCAGGGUUGGGGGUUCAAGCUGCAGGGAGGUUGAUGGGGUUGUUCAAAGCGUUUUCGGCGCCGAAUUUCUUGCUGGCUGAUGAAGGGCAUCCGAGGCUCGUCUACUAUCUGCUGGAGACGUUCAAUUCGGUGUUGUACCACAAGCUCACGGAGAAUCCGAAUUUGGUGUAUGCUAUUCUGAGGUCGCAUCAGGAAUUCCAGACGUUGGCGACAUUUACGUUGAUGUCGGGGUUGAGAGAUAUCCAAAGACGAAAAGCUUUGCGGGCUGCUGCCGCUGAGAAAGCCGCCAAAAAAGCCCCAGCCAAUACCACCCUCUUCUCAGCCGACGACGUUGACGCCCAAAACCAAGCUGAAAAGUCCGCCCUGCUCGGGGAUCACGGGAACGGACAAGAACUCGACGAAGACGACGCGCAGGCUUCGUUGUCUGCUUUGAACCGCUCGUUGCCUGGGGUGGAUGGUGAUGGGCAGGAGGCAGGAGGGGGGGCUGUUUCGGAUCCGCUCCAAGGACCCUUUGUCAACAACCCUCCUCCACCGACGAGUCGGGCCAUGUCCGAAAAAGCCCGCGGCAAGAUGCGUGCGACAGAGUCUACGAGCUCGUUGACGACUAUCAACGGUACCGCCGCCGCCGGGGAAGGUAAUGAGGGGGAGCGGGUGGUGGAUGAGGCGGAUGAAGAGUUGUUGAAGGUUGCUUUGGCGGGGGUAGGGCCGAAUGGGUAUGUGCCUACGCAAGAGUGGGUUACGAGCUGGCAGAAGGGAUUGCCUCUCGACCCCGUACUCGUCGCGAUAUCAGAACUGCUCCCCAAGAUCCAAGAGACCCAGCAGCCGAUGGUGGGAUCACCGAGCGGAAAGGUGUUUGGGAUUUUGAAAGGCGUGGAGCUUGGGGAUGUGUUGCCGCCUGCCCCUCCUAUCGUUCCUCGUCGAUUCCAGUGGUCCCCCGCCUCAGCAAUCUGGCUCACCUCCCUCCUCUGGGGCGACAUCUACGUCGCAGGCUUGACGUCUUCCGGGAUAUGGCGGGAUACGCAGGUGAGGCUGUUUGGGAUCAAGCAGGCGCCUGUGGGGAAGGGAAGGGGGGCGCAGGUGGGGAGGGUUUUGAAGAUGAUUGGGGUUGUGUAGAAGAAAGAGAUGGAUGUGUCAGGAGAGCGUUGGAGGGUUUUGGCAUUGUAAGGAGGUGUUGAAGAAUG